AUGAAUAAGCUUUUCGGGAAGCGGCUCCUGCAAGCGGGUCGCUACCUGGUAUCCCACAAGGCGUGGAUGAAGACAGUGCCUACAGAGAACUGCGACGUGCUGAUGACCUUCCCAGACACGACCGAUGACCACACGCUGCUAUGGCUGCUGAACCACAUCCGCGUGGGCAUCCCCGAGCUCAUCGUGCAAGUCCGCCACCACCGCCACACGCGUGCCUACGCCUUCUUUGUCACCGCCACGUAUGAGAGCCUACUCCGAGGGGCCGACGAGCUGGGUCUGCGCAAGGCAGUGAAGGCCGAGUUUGGCGGGGGCACCCGCGGCUUCUCCUGCGAGGAGGACUUUAUCUAUGAGAAUGUGGAGAGCGAGCUGCGCUUCUUCACUUCCCAGGAACGCCAGAGCAUCAUCCGCUUCUGGCUGCAGAAUUUGCGUGCCAAGCAGGGAGAGGCGCUCCACAACGUGCGCUUCCUGGAGGACCAGCCAAUCAUCCCCGAGCUGGCAGCACGUGGGAUCAUCCAGCAAGUGUUCCCUGUCCAUGAGCAGCGUAUUCUGAACCGCCUCAUGAAGUCAUGGGUGCAGGCCGUGUGUGAAAACCAGCCGCUAGAUGACAUCUGUGAUUACUUUGGUGUGAAAAUUGCCAUGUACUUCGCCUGGCUGGGCUUCUACACGUCAGCUAUGGUAUACCCAGCCGUCUUCGGGUCUGUCCUGUAUACAUUCACAGAGACUGAUCAGACAAGCCGGGAUGUUUCCUGCGUGGUCUUUGCCCUCUUCAAUGUGAUCUGGUCGACGCUGUUCCUAGAGGAAUGGAAGCGGAGAGGGGCUGAGCUGGCAUACAAGUGGGGGACGCUGGACUCACCUGGGGAAGCUGUGGAGGAGCCACGCCCCCAGUUCAGGGGCGUGCGACGCAUCAGCCCCAUCACGCGGGCCGAGGAGUUCUACUACCCGCCAUGGAAGCGGCUGCUCUUCCAGCUGCUUGUGAGCCUCCCCCUGUGCCUGGCGUGCCUCCUCUGUGUCUUCUUGCUCAUGCUUGGCUGCUUCCAGCUGCAGGAGCUGGUGCUGAGCGUGAAGGGGUUGCCCCGUCUCGCCCGAUUCCUGCCUAAGGUCAUGCUGGCCCUAAUUGUCAGUGUGAGUGCCGAGGGCUACAAGAAGCUAGCCAUCUGGCUCAAUGACAUGGAAAAUUACCGGCUGGAGAGCGCCUAUGAGAAGCACCUCAUCAUCAAAGUUGUCCUGUUCCAGUUUGUCAACUCAUACCUGAGCCUCUUCUACAUCGGUUUCUACCUCAAGGACAUGGAGCGCUUGAAAGAGAGCCUCGAGCGGCAGCUGCGGGCGGUGCUGGUCCCGCUCGCGGCCCUGCGGUUCCGCCUACUCCUCCUCUCCCUCCGGGGCCUCCUGCUCGCGGCCCGGGCCAAAGGCCGAGACCAGGGGCCCGACGGGGGCCCGGACCCGGAGCCCGGCUCCAACAGCGAUUCGACCCGUAGGCAGAGACGACAGAACCGGUCGUCUUGGAUUGACCCGCCCGAGGAAGAACACUCGCCCCAGCUCACCCAGGCAGAGCUGGAGAGCUGUAUGAAGAAGUACGAGGACACAUUCCAGGACUACCAGGAGAUGUUCGUGCAGUUCGGCUACGUAGUGCUCUUCUCAUCCGCCUUCCCCCUGGCGGCGCUGUGCGCCCUGGUCAAUAACCUCAUUGAGAUCCGCAGCGACGCCUUCAAGCUGUGCACCGGGCUGCAGCGGCCCUUCGGCCAGCGCGUGGAGAGCAUCGGCCAGUGGCAGAAGGUGAUGGAGGCCAUGGGUGUCCUAGCGAUUAUGGUCAACUGCUACUUGAUCGGCCAAUGCGGGCAGCUGCAGCGCCUCUUCCCCUGGCUGAGCCCGGAGGCAGCCAUCGUGUCCGUGGUGGUGCUCGAGCACUUUGCUCUGCUCCUCAAGUACCUCAUCCACGUGGCCAUCCCUGAUAUCCCGGGCUGGGUGGCGGAGGAAAUGGCCAAGCUGGAGUACCAGCGCCGGGAGGCCUUUAAGAGACACGAGCGCCAGGCCCAGCAUCGCUACCAGCAGCAGCAGCGCAGGCGACGGGAGGAGGAGGAGCGACAGCGCCAUGCAGAGCACCAUGCCCGGCGGGAGCAUGAUUCUGGUGGCCGGGAGGAGGCGAGGGCUGAGGGCUCUGGGCUGGACCCCACCACCUCCUCCGAGAAGGCCUCUGCCAAGGCCAAGGGCAGCACUGCGGGUGGCCAUGGGCCUGAGCGGCCCAAGCGCCCAGGGUCCCUGCUGGCACCCAACAACGUCAUGAAGUUGAAGCAGAUCAUCCCACUGCAGGGCAAAUUCCUCUCAUCGGGGGCCACAUCCUCACUGGCCACUGCAGGGGCCGGAGCCACCGCCCGGCCUCCCCCUGCCCAGUCACCCACGGGCAGCGACACCCGCCUGCCUGCCUUUCUCAGCUUCAAGUUCCUCAAGUCACCCGAGACCCGGCGGGACUCUGAGCGCAGCCACUCGCCGCCCAAAGCCUUCCACGCCGGCAAGCUCUUCCCCUUUGGUGGCACCCGGGCUGAGCCUGGGUCCAACGGGGCGGGCGGGCAGGCCCGACCAGAUGGGACCCCCAGCAGUGGCGGCAGCCGGGUUCAGAGGAGUGGGCCGGUGGACGAGGCCAUGGCUGAGGAGCUGGAAGCCUCCCGGCCCGAAGAGGAAGGCUCAGGCUUCGAGACCCCGGCGCCCUCCCCUAGCCCCAGCCCCAGCCCCCAGGCCGUGUGCUGGCCCAGCGGCUGGCAUUAGCUCUGCCCGCCCUGCCUUCUCUUCUCAUAUGCAAUAUCAGUCAUUCACAGGGGCGGCCGGUCCCCAAAAUGCAAGACGCCUUCAGCCCCCAAUGGACCCCAGUAUUGGCCGGCGCCCCCCAUCUGCCGUUUUCCUUUCCAAAUGAAAGGAAACCCAUAAAACCAACAGAAAACACACACACACACACACACACAAUAGGUGAUUAUUUAUUUGUUUUUAAUUUAUUUUGUCAUAUUUUUGUAAAACGGCAGAAAUGCAAUAAAAACUAUAUUUCAACAGUG